UUCGUCUUUCUCUCUCUCUCUUUUUUUCUUUGUACUCUCUCACACCAUUCUUUCUCGCUUUCAGCUUUUACUUAUUUAUCACUAUCAAGUAUGGAUCAGGCCUUUGCUAGAUAUAUAAAACAUAGAAUCUUCUUCAAGUACGCAACAACGCGUCAAGCAUGGCCUUCAUCAAGGAAAACUCUUUUUACGAAUCAUUCUUCCUCCAAUAUGAUUAGCUGUAUACAUGUUCGAAGAAUGACUGGUCCUCCUUAUAGAAACCGUUGGCAAUAUUUGGCUAGGUUGGAACAAGAUGCUAAUGCUCAUCCGAGUGAUCCUCGGUUACAAGCUACAUUGUACAAAGAACUUCGAAUGGCCAAACGACAAAGAGACGUGAUCAAUCGAUUUGAAAAUUCAACAUGUGCUCAUGACGAUGAAAGUUAUCGUCAUUAUAUAGCUGCUUUAGUGGAAACAGGUCAAGAAAACAAGGUCAUGCCAGAAUUGAUGAAGCAUAUGGAAGGGAAAAAUACAGCUAGUUCAUCUUCGGGUACAAAUAAAACUGAUCCAGUCUAUGUAGUGGUAGAAGAAGCUCCGGGAGCGAUGUUUUGGAAAGCGUUACGUUGGAUUGGUGUUACCUUUACAUACACUUUUUGUCUAUUGACUGUAUUAUCACUCUCUAUGGAAAACUCAGGUUUACUCAAAACAUCAUCAUCAACGCAAUCGGAAUACGAACCUUCUCAGCAGCAAGUGGUUAAGUUUGAAGAUGUACAAGGGUGUGAUGAAGCCAAAGACGAAUUGGAAGAAAUCGUUCAAUUUUUGAAGAAUCCACAUCGAUAUACUGAAUUAGGUGGAAAAUUACCUAAAGGUGUUCUAUUGACAGGUCCACCUGGUACUGGUAAAACUUUGUUGGCUCGUGCAGUUGCAGGUGAAGCUAGUGUACCUUUUUUCUUUAUGUCUGGUAGUGAAUUCGAUGAAAUGUAUGUUGGCGUUGGUGCAAGACGAAUCAGAGAACUAUUUGCGGCGGCAAGAAGCAAAGCUCCUAGUAUUGUUUUUAUUGAUGAAAUCGAUGCUAUUGGUUCCAAGCGCAAUCCAAAGGAUCAAUCAUAUAUGAAACAAACACUUAAUCAGCUAUUAGUGGAUCUGGAUGGAUUUUCUCAAACAGAAGGUGUGAUCUUUAUUGCAGCAACCAACUUUCCUGAACUCUUAGACAAAGCUUUGGUACGACCUGGAAGAUUCGAUCGAACGGUGAAUGUACCAUUACCUGAUGUACGAGGUCGAAUACAAAUAUUACGACAACAUAUGAAAGGAAUUACAGUGGCAUCUGAUGUGGAUGUGGAUGUGAUUGCAAGAGGAACUCCUGGAUUCAGUGGUGCCGAAUUAGCAAAUCUGAUCAACCAAGCUGCAAUUCAAGCGAGUAAAGAGGGAGUCAAGGAAGUAUCUUCAAAACAUCUGGAAUUCGCCAAGGAUAAGAGUAUCAUGGGUGCAGAAAGGAAAAGUGCAGUGAUUACAGAUGAAAGCAAACGAUUGACAGCAUAUCAUGAAGGUGGACACGCUCUAUUGGCCUAUUAUACCCCUGGUGCAUUACCUUUACAUAAAGCAACCAUCAUGCCAAGAGGACGUGCUUUAGGAAUGACAGUUCAAUUACCGGAAAUGGACAAGGAUUCAUAUACAAAAAAAGAAUAUAUAGCUCAAAUUGAUGUAUGUAUGGGUGGACGUGUAGCUGAAGAAAUGAUCUUUGGAAGUGAUAAUGUGACUAGUGGCGCUCAUAGUGAUAUCGUCAAGGCAACUGAAGUGGCAAGACGGAUGGUACGGAAUCUUGGUAUGAGUGAAAAAGUGGGUCUAGUCAAUUACAAUGAUGAAGAUAUGCAUUUACUUAGUACAGAAACAAAAGUGUUGAUUGAAAAUGAAAUCAAAGAUUUAGUCAUGGAUGCUGAAAAACGUGCUCGUGAAAUUUUAACUACACAUAUUGAAGAAUUACAUCGAUUGGCCAAAGCUCUAGUAGAAUAUGAGACCCUUUCUCAAUCGGAGAUUCUUGAUGUGGUUAACAACAAGCCCAUUCAAAGGAAACCUUAGACAAUUCUGAAUGUUUAAUAUAUAGUUCUUUUUUGUAUAUCGAUUGAAAAUAAAUUUGGUGAUACAAUAAUA